AUGAGGAGACGGCCUUCAGGGUCGGCUACCGAGGAAGAAGAGGACCCCUCGAGCCCAGAGUCCUCUUCAACGUCCGAGCAUGGCGAUAAGGCUCAGACUGCCUUGAAGAGCACGGCGGAGGAGGAAAACGGCAGCAAGGAGAAGGAACACACGCGUACGAGGGCGAAGCGGAAGGGCGGCGCCUCAAUCUCAGCCUCAAACACAGAAGGACCCCCGGUCUGGGACCACCCUCCCACACCUGGUACACCUAGCGAGAAGGAACUUCUGGCGAUGGGCUUGCUGGACAAAGACACUGCCGAGGACGACAUGGCUCGAGCACUGGCUCGUCGACGGGCGCGAUGGCAGAAUCCUUGGUCAUGCUCGGCGCUCACGCUCGUUGCGACGCUCGCGGCGGCAGUAUUGCUCUUUUGCAUUGUCCGAUCGUUUUUAACCAAACAACUUGACCCCAAAGGCUGCGAGAUGUCUUAUACCAGGCCUGGCUAUGUUGAUUUCCCCGACUUCGACACAGAGCACACCCGAUUCGCUAGCAAAUACUCCCUUCAUCUAUACACAGAGCAAUAUAUAGAUGAUGGAAAGGUCAAAGGUGUCCCAGUACUUUUCAUCCCAGGGAAUGCCGGUAGCUACAAACAAGCACGAUCGUUAGCCGGAGAGUCCGCUUUCUAUUUCCACGAUAUCCUGCGACAUGAUGAAGCGGUAAUGAGGAGUGGGAAGCGGCCAUUGGACUUCUUCUCCGUAGACUUCAACGAGGACAUCACAGCAUUCCAUGGCCAGACUCUGCUCGACCAGGCGGAGUAUCUGAACGACGCAGUGGCGUAUAUUCUGUCAUUGUACCAUAAUUCACGCCACUCCUCGCGUGACCCGGACCUCCCAGAUCCAAGCUCAGUCAUAAUCGUCGGACACUCGAUGGGCGGUAUCGUGGCCCGUACAAUGCUUACCAUACCAAACUACCAGCCAAAUUCGAUCAACACCAUUAUUACUCUCUCUGCGCCGCAUGCAAGAGCUCCUGUCUCUUUCGAUGCAGAUAUUGUGAAGACGUACCAGCACAUCAACGACUACUGGAGAAAAGCUUACGCACAGAAAUGGGCCAAUGAUAACCCAUUGUGGCACGUGACACUCAUUUCUAUUGCUGGCGGAGGCCUUGAUACAGUGGUUCCAUCUGAUUAUGCUAGCGUGGCCUCGCUUGUGCCAGAGACUCAUGGCUUCACUGUCUUCACAUCUACCAUGCCUAGAGUAUGGACAGGCAUGGAUCAUCUGGCAAUCACCUGGUGCGAUCAGCUUCGAAAGAGGGUCAUUCGUGCCAUUUACGAUGUUGUGGACGUUUCUCGCCCGGUACAGACGCGACCACGUGCCGAACGGAUGCGCGCAUUCAAGAAGUGGUUCCUUACUGGAUUGGAGGAUGCUGCCGAGAAAACGCUUCCACAGAAGGAACCUAAAACACUUCUGACUUUGGAGGACAACUCCAACGCUAUCAUCUCGCAAGGUGAACGCUUGACUAUACGUGCCCUAGGCGAGGGUAGAAAACGAAGAGCGCAUCUCCUGCCAAUUCCGCCGCAAGGGCCGCCAGAGGGAAGAAAAUUCACCCUUCUUACGAACGAAGUGCUAGAUCAACCUGGAGAUACGGGCAGCCUUGAAGUACUGUUUUGCAGCGUUUUCCCUCUACAGGUCGGCCAGAGUGCCACGUUGUUCUCCAUGAACAUGGACCUCUCCGGCGACAGCACUGGUUCGACACGCUUGGCGUGCAAGAAUGCGGCUUCGGACGCUAUCAGUCUUCCAGCAUCAGCUCAAGAAUCAAGGCAAGCGUUUGACAAGGUGCAGCCGUUUACUUACUUGCAAUACAAACUCGAGGACCUCGCAGAGCACCAGUUCGUAGCCGUCAUCGAUAAAGCCGAUCAUCCUACUUCGGGCUGGGUCAUCGCGGAGUUCAGCGUUGCAUCUGAGUCUAUUAUUGGAACGAACGUCAGCCUACAACGUCUGCUUACCCGUGGUGUAAAGCUGAAACUGCCAGGAACACGUCCGAUGGUCGUUGACAUCAAGGUUCCAGCAUUGCAUUCCAGUUUACUAGCCUACAAGCUCGCCAUCAAACAGAAUGGCUGCGGAGAAGGCACAGAGCUCUUCACGCCACUAGUGCGGCAGUACAUUACAGAUGUCUACGAGUCCAAGUUCUUCGUGAAUGCUAAGGACGCCAACAUCAAUCUGCAUGGCGUCGCCCCCUACAUGCCUCCACCACUCGGGUCCAACAAGGCUGGAGAUGGCUUGUCGCUCCAAUUGUGGUCUGAUCCCACCUGCGACAGCAGUAUGAAGGUAUCACUGCACGUCGAUACUCUUGGCAGUAUAGGCAAGCUUUGGAUGCGGUACAGGACGGUCUUCGCUGCUUUUCCUUUGCUAAUCGUUGCACUCGCGCUAAGGAAACAGUUCAAGAUCUACGAUGAGACAGGCAUAUUCAUGAGCUUUUCAGAGAGCAUCAACCAAUGCCUCAGAACCUCACUUCCCGUGCUUUUCAUAGCACUAACAUUCUUGGGCACGUCCUUAGCCAACUCAAGCCAGGAUCCGCUAAAAGCCGAGUCACACUGGCUUCACGGCUGGAGCAGGAACUUGACAGAGUCGGCCCUCGAUCACUCGGCCAACGACCUUCUGCUCGGAUCACAGGACACCUUCUUCUGGUUCCUGGUGCCUCUCUUUGGUCUCAUCUGCAUUGGGAUCUGCGUCGCUGUGAACUACGUCGCCCUGGCCGUGACGUAUGUCUUCACUAUGGUAUACUGCAGCAUUCGCUCGGUCGCUUCGGCCGCUGACGAAUAUCGUAGGAGAACACCAACUGCAUUUGGCGUCACCUCAACUCGACAGCGAGUCAUUACCACUAGCAUUCUAUUGCUACUGGUGUCGACUGCCAUUCCAUACCAUUUUGCAUACAUCGUCCUCUGCGUGGUGCAGAUUGCCACUUGCACACGUGCCUACCGACUGGCACGGGAGACACGCUCGGAUGCCAACUACAACUUCUACAACUACGCACAUUCCAUCCUCGUGCUAAUGCUCUGGAUACUACCAAUCAAUCUCCCCGUCUUGGUCGUCUGGAUCCGAAACCUCGCCGUACACUGGCUUACUCCCUUUUCCUCCCACCACAACAUCCUCUCCAUAAUGCCCUUCAUCCUCCUCAUCGAGACCCUCAGCACCGGCCGCAUGAUAUCCAGAGUGACAUCUCGCGCCCGCCUCCUCACAAACAUCCUCCUCUUCAGCAUAGCCAUAUACGCGGCCGUUUACGGCGUCAGCUACGCCUACGCCCUUCACCACCUCGCAAACAUCCUCUGCGCGUGGCUUGUAGCUAUACAUCUCUCUGCCAGUCGCUUCUCGCUCUCUAGACUUAAUCGCGUGAUAGAAGGCCUGGAGACCCAUGGGGCCCACCAUAUCAAGAAGAGGCCGUAG